AUGAGUAGGAUAGCUUCGGUCUCGGUAGGUAUUCUCAAUAGCUAUGCUUCCGUGGGAAUACGGAUGUACGACAGGCGGUCGUUUAUAGAUGCUUCAAGAACUCUGUCAACCCCGCAUGUCUUUGUUUCAGGUCUAACCAUGUCAGUUGAUGGUGAUAACAUAAUUUUGUGUAAUACUGAAGCGAAAGGUGCUUCGACCGCCGCGAACCCUGCGGGAUGCUCUGAUUCCUCUUCGCCUGUACCGCAACCCCAUGAGAAGCGCAAUUCUUCCAUUUCGCCUUUCGGAGGAGGCGGUGUGGGCUAUGUAUCUGACGUUGGACGACCCAAAACCGUCACAGUUAGCUUGCCUGAGAAAAACAAGCAAUACACUACUGGCAAGAAGAACCGACCUGUUCAAGCAGAGCUGGACGUCAACAAGGAAUUCUUGAAAUGUAGGGACAAUGGAAGCGAACGACUUGAUCUCAGUAAAUCCAGUAUCUCGGUUAUUCCUCCAAUUGUUCGGGAACUGACACACUUGAAGGAGCUUUACUUGUAUCAGAACAAGCUAACAACUUUGCCGGUGGAGUUCGGAUGUUUGGUUAAUUUGUGUACCUUGGCACUUUCCGAAAAUUCCCUGACAUGCCUACCAAGUUCGCUUGUGAAUCUAUCAAAAUUACGAGUUCUCGAUCUGCGACACAACAAAUUGCAUGAGAUUCCCGAUGUAGUAUACAAACUGAAGAGCUUAACUACGUUGUACCUGCGAUUUAAUCGAAUUCGAUGCGUCGGCGAAGAGAUUGGAAAUCUUACUAAUUUAACGAUGCUAAGCUUGCGAGAGAACAGGAUCAAAGAACUCCCGAGGGGUAUUGGAAACGUGAAAAGCUUGCUGAACAUGGAUGUUUCGCACAACCAGUUGGAACGAGUGCCGGCAGAAAUCGGACAGUGUGUUAAUCUUCUAUCUCUAGACUUACAGCACAAUGAUUUGGUAGACAUUCCUGACUCUAUUGGAAAUUUGUGGCAACUGACGCGUCUAGGCCUGCGGUACAAUCGACUGAAGUCGGUUCCCGCUUCUCUUGGUCGCUAUGCUUUGAUGGAUGAAUUCAACGUGGAAGGAAACGCUAUAUCUAGCUUACCCGAUGGCUUACUUGCUUCAUUGACUGCCUUAGAAAGCCUAACACUGUCGAGGAACGCCUUCACAGCUUAUCCCUCCGGAGGUCCAGCACAAUUCAUUAAUGUGUCUUCAAUUAACAUGGAACACAACCGAAUCGAUAAAAUUCCGUAUGGAAUUUUCUCUCGUGCAAAAAACCUAACCAAACUUAACAUGAAAGACAAUUUGCUUUCCUCUCUUCCCUUGGAUGUCGGCACGUGGGUGAACAUGGUGGAGCUUAACUUGGGAACGAAUCAGCUGACGAAGAUUCCGGAAGACAUCCAGAAUCUUCACUCUUUGGAAGUGUUGAUUUUAUCGUACAAUUUGCUCAAAAAGUUACCAUCGAGCAUUGGCAACCUGCGCAAGUUGCGUGUCCUUGAGCUGGAGGCAAAUCGUUUGGAGUCACUUCCAAGCGAGAUUGGGUUUCUGAGGGAUCUCCAACGACUAUUGGUUGCGUCAAAUCAGUUGACUGCUCUGCCCAGGGCCAUUGGGCAUUUGACAAGCUUGACAUACUUGAACGUGGCGGAGAACAGCUUGACGUAUAUUCCGGAGGAGAUAUCGACAUUGGAAAAUCUCGAGUCCUUGUAUUUGAAUGACAAUCCAAAUUUGCACUCCUUGCCGUUCGAGCUCGCGCUAUGCACAAAUUUGCAAAUCAUGAAUAUCGAAAAUUGCCCAUUGUCGCAAGUGCCGCCUGAAAUCUUGGCCGCCGGCUCCUCGCUCGUCAUUCAGUAUUUGAAGAUGCAAGGGCCUUACCGAGCUAUGUGAUGUUGCUGACACGGCAGCCGACAAGAGCCAGCCGUUGAUUGGCACGUUGAAUUUUUUAUUUGAGCCUCAGCCUUAUAGAGGGCGAAGGCCGAUGUGUGUUCAUGUUUCCAGCGCUUGUUGCUUUCUUUGUGGUGUUCAUUGUUGCUGCUUUCGAUGGGAGCAGUUCCAAACGGCGAGAAGUGCUGAAAUGUGAGAAGUAUCGCGUAAGAAUGGUUCUUGGCGCAAAGCAUGUUUAAUCAUUCGUUGUGUCCUUUUUGCUUUCGGAACACUUCAUUGGAAAAUGUGGUGAAAUGGUGUAUUCUGCCCCUUCAAUCCUGACACAUUGUCUUCUUGGGUAAGAACGCACUGAUACUUGUUUUGCACCGAAGGCAGGAAACCCAGAAGGAAAUUGUAUUUCUCCCGACAAGAAUCGCCGUUCGGCAGUUGGAAUAUUAUUUGGUGUUGAAUUAGAUUUAGUCGGGAUCGAAGGACAGCGGAAUUCCCGCGAGGAGUCAAAAGUCGUGGUAUCCUUGAUUUAUGCUAUGGCAAACAUGUCUUGUCGUUGGUAGUCGACGGAGUCGGUAUCGAUGUGGUUCUGCAUCGAUACCUUCACUCUAUGCGUUGCUUUCUCGGAAGUGGAAAAUGAGUGGACAAAAGGAGAAAAAAAAAAGGAUACAGCACAUCGCACGUUUAAUCGGCACAUUCUCGGUUCGAAGCUUUGUGGGCUUCUUUUUUCUUUUGCGUUCUAGUGCAAAACGAAGACGUUAUGCAUCGGAAUGGGAGGCGCUUCGAGGUCUGUUGUGUGUCAUAUGGGAAAAUGGUGGUGAGGAAGAGAAAAAGAGCGAAUGCUAGUGCGAAAUGUGAUUGCCGAACUUGGGCUACAUUUCGAACUGUGCAUAUUGCGUGACUGCGUUGCGCUAUGGUAAUUUUUUUUAAUACGAUGGACUUCAUUCCUACGGCUCAUGAGAGCGUUUCCCGGUGAAAAAUGUAGCCCUCCGUUUGGAGAUCCAUGUUUCCAGCUAGCUUCAUGUGAAACGGGAAA